CAACAGCAACGGAUAAGGCAGGCGAACGCUGCUGGCACGACGCGCUGCGCUGCGAGCGGAAGCCUCCCCGCAGCCGACCGAGCCCCACUCCGCCCCAUGGCGCGGGGCCUCGUCGCUGCUCUCUCUCUGCCGGCGCGUCUCGGCGCCAUUGCCCCGCCGUCCUGUACCGUCCGGGCCUCCGCGCGGCCGGUGGGAGGGCGCGGGCGGCGGCGGCGGGGCCUGAUGGUCGUGCGGGCGGGCGGGCCGCCGAGCACCAACGCGCUCAUCCUGGCCUUGGUGCUGCCGCUCUCCCUCUUCGUCGGCACCCUCGUCACCGCCGCCCGCGUCGCCGACGACCUCGACGAGCGCUUCCUGCGGGAGAUGGAGAUCAACAAAGCGAUACUGGAGGAGAACGAGGCAUCAGAUGAAGACGAUGGCACAGAGUAUGACGAAGAGGAAGGGGAGGAAGAAGAGGAGGAGCACGCCCCGGUGGAGGAAAAGGAGGCCGUUGUUGUUGGUGCUGCAUCAGCCGCUACGCGCACCAGGAACAGGCCGAGAAGACAAGUAUGACAAGAUCCCAGGAUUAGCUGUGGGAUUUUCCCCUGUUAGUUCCCAAGUCUGGCGAUCGACUCUCUUGGGGAAGAAAAAAAUGCUUGCAGAGCACGCAUGUUAUAGCCAAAGCUGCAGUGUAGUCCUUUGAAGUAACUUGUCCUAUAUAGUAUGCUUGAUUCGUUCGGUGAUACUGCUCAUUAUACA